AUGGGAUGCGUGGUCGGAUCGACAAAUGGCGCAAUCGAUAAAGAUGCGUUAGAACGUUCAAGAAAAAUUGAAAAACAGUUGAAAAUGGAUGGAGAGAAGGCGUCGAGAGAAGUCAAAUUGUUACUUCUUGGCGGUGGGGAGUCAGGGAAGAGUACCAUUGUGAAGCAGAUGAAGAUCAUUCAUGAAAAAGGUUAUUCAGAGGCUGAAUGUCUAUCUUAUAAACCGAUCAUUUACAGCAACAUUAAAAGCAGCAUCAUGACCAUAAUCAAGGAGAUGAGCAAGUUGAAUAUCGCCUUCCAUCUUCCUGAUAGCCAAAGUAAUGCCAAAGUAAUUUUGCAAUUAAACGCUGACGAUGGUGAAUUGUCUAGUGAUUUAUGUCGAAUGAUCAGAAGUUUGUGGAGUGAUGCCGGUGUGCUGGAAUGUUAUUCAAGAGCCAGCGAGUACCAAUUGAAUGAUUCGGCAUCAUAUUAUCUAAAUAGUUUGGAGAGAAUUUCGAGUGAUACAUACAUUCCAACCGAGCAAGAUAUAUUGAGGACCAGAGUUAAAACAACUGGCAUUGUGGAAACAAACUUUUCAUUUAAAGAGUUGCACUUCAAAAUGUUUGAUGUUGGAGGUCAAAGAUCUGAACGCAAGAAGUGGAUUCACUGUUUCGAAGGAGUCACAGCCAUAAUUUUCAUAGUGGCAAUGAGUGAAUAUGAUCUGACGCUAGCUGAAGAUAAAGAAACGGCAAAAAGUAUGCAGCUGUUUGACUCAAUUUGUAACAACAAAUGGUUUACGGAAACGUCCAUAAUAUUGUUCCUCAACAAAAAAGAUUUAUUUGCAGAAAAAAUCACAAAAUGUCCUAUCACCAUUUGUUUUUCUGAUUUUUUAGAUCUGAACAAACGUAAGGGGACGAAAGAAAUCUAUUGUCAUUUUACUUGUGCAACUGACACGAACAACGUGCAAUUUGUUUUCGAUGCUAUUACAGAUGUAAUCAUUAAAAACAAUCUAAAAGAAUGCGGUCUAUAUUAA